GUGGACAGAACUGAGGUGGUCAGGAGCAGCCUGCACCCCGUGUUCUCCAAGGUCUUCACGCUUGACUACUACUUUGAGGAGGUACAGAAGCUGCGCUUUGAGGUCUAUGACACGCACGGACCCAGCAGUCUUGGCUGUCAGGACGAUGACUUCCUUGGAGGCAUGGAGUGCACCUUGGGGCAGUGCAUUGUCUGCCUUACAGAAGAGCUUUUCCACAGACAUGUUAAAUACCUGGAUGUUUUCUUCCUUCUAGAAAAACCUGAUGUAAAGGUAAAGGCGAGCAAGAAGAAAGUUGCUAUUCCACAGAUCAUCAUCACUAGAGCCUCAAAAGAGACUCUAGCCAGCUACAGUUCCAUCGGAAGCGAAGAGCAGAGAACCAUUAAGGAGCAGGUGGAAUGGGGCCCCUACUCCCGACACAGAAACCCCAGUACAGUAGACGCCUAUGAUUUACGAGAAUAAACAAGCACCCCGAGUA